AUGGAUCGCAAUACGGUUCACUUGUACGAGACGCUUGGCAUCCCUAAAUCAAGCACACAAGACGAGAUCAAGAAGGCAUACCGGUAUGUUUAUUGGGAACCAAGGUUCCGAGAUAUUGCAGCUGCCUAUGAGGUCCUGAGCGACCCAAAGAAGCGCCAAGUGUACGACAGAUACGGGAUGAUGGGAGUGCAGAUGGCAGGGACAGAGAUUGGAGCGCGACUGGUCGAGAUAGAGAGUCUGCUCUGCACACUCUUCAUAGCGCUCUCUUUCGUGCUCACGCUCAUCAUCAUCUUUUUCGCCUUGCUGUCGCUUCGCGUCGAUGGUAAAGUGAGCUGGAACUAUGCCAUUGUCUUUAUCCCUCUCUGGAUCAUGGAUGCAUUCCUCUUCUUCGCGACUCUUACUCGGCUCAUACAACCUUCGGCAGACGAUAACGAUGAAGAUGACUACCACCAUGAUGACCAUGAGGACGAGCGCGAUGCUGGAAAUGGAGAGGGAUCGUCGUCGAAUGCUGGAGGUGACCGUGAGGAACGGCGACGACAAAAGAAAGCGACACAGAAGCGGGAGAGGUUCUUGAGCGGGUUUGUUGGACUCAUCAACCUGAUCCUCUUCACGGCCUUUCAAGUGCUGAUCGUCAAAAAGGCCAAUGACCCGACGAGUAUUUCAGCAUCGACAGUCUUUGCGCCUUACUUUGUCUUGGAGGGCUUCUUCUUCUUACAGGCGCUCGUUCAAGUAGCAAUUGCGCUGAAGGCAGCAUCUGCGUUAGAAACACCGUUAUCAACAAAGCUGGGGAUGGUGUUUGAGGCGUUAUGGUGGAAGGUAACUCGGUUGGUCCUGGCAGUCCUGAUCAUGCUGCGCAUUGACGACAAGAUCACCUGCUCUUGGCAAAUUGUCUUCAUCCCUCUCUACUUAGUCGCCGUCAAGUACAUCAUCCAGCACAUCAAUGGAUACCGGACCUUCUCGAGGAUGCAGAAUGCCGAGAUGCGUCAGCAAGGCCACGCAUUGAUGACGGCUAGUGCUUGCACAUUUACGGUGUUGGGGGCGCUUGUGUACUCGCUCGUGGGGCUGUUGGCGGCCAAGCUGGACGGACAUGCGUACUCGGCGUCGGAGGUGCUGAUCCCAGUGUUCAUGGUGCUGUCGAUCUUGCUCUGUUGUUCGGGAUGCUGUUUGCCUUGCUUGCUUCUGGCGAGCGGUGCUGGGGAGGAUGAGUUAAGUCCAGAGAAUGCAGAGGUUCGUGUUGUGCAUCCUAACAUGCGCAUUGAGGGGGCUGAUGCCCCGCCUUCUCCCUCACGUCGUGCCACACCCAUAUCGUAG